GAUUGAGGACCUUCACACAAAAAUGUCUGCCCAGAUACAGAUGAGGUCCUUCAGCUCCAGUGCUGAUUGGCUCCUUUUCAAGGGACCAUCCAAUCCUACCACGCAUGGAAACAUCCAGAGCUUUUUAUUCUUCCUGGCAGGUACAUCAGAUCCGUCAGUAGUCAGUUCCGAGCUCACUACUUUUCCCUUCAUCUCAAUUAUGUCUUGGAAGAAGGCUUUGUUGAUCCCCGGAGGACUUCGGGCAGCGGCUGUGACCUUGAUGUUGGCGAUGCUGAGCACCCCAGUGGCUAAGGGCAGAGACUCUCCCCAGGAUUUCGUGUACCAGUUUAAGGGUCUCUGCUACUUCACCAACGGGACGGAGCGCGUGCGUCUUGUGACCAAACACGUCUAUAACCGAGAGGAGUACGUGCGCUUCGACAGCGACGUGGGGGAGUAUCGGGCGGUGACGCCGCUGGGGCCGCCUGACGCGGAGUACUGGAACAGCCAGAAGGACGUCCUGGAGAGGACCCGGGCGGAGCUGGACACGGUGUGCAAACACAACUACCAGCUGGAGCUCCUCACGACCUUGCAGCGGCGAGAGAAGCCUACAGUGACCAUCUCCCCAUCCAGGACAGAGGCCCUCAACCACCACAACCUGCUGGUCUGCUCCGUGACAGAUUUCUAUCCAGGCCAGAUCAAAGUCCGGUGGUUUCGGAAUGACCAGGAGGAGACAGCUGGCAUUGUGUCCACUCCUCUUAUUAGGAACGGUGACUGGACCUUCCAGAUCCUGGUGAUGCUGGAAAUGACUCCCCAGCAUGGAGAUGUCUACAUCUGCCACGUGGAGCACCCCAGCCUCCAGAGCCCCAUCACCGUGGAGUGGCGGGCUCAGUCUGAAUCUGCCCAGAGCAAGAUGCUGAGUGGUGUUGGAGGCUUUGUGCUGGGGCUGAUCUUCCUCGGGCUGGGCCUUGUCAUCCAUCACAGGAGUCAAAAAGGACCUCAGGGGCCUCCCCCAGCAGGUAAUAUUUCAGCCAUGAUCCAGUGUGGGGAGGGCACAGGUAUAAGAGGGAAGAGCAUGAGCUGAGUGCACCUGACCACAGUGGUCUCUGUUUGUGGCCUAUUUGCUGCUAUGAGGAUUAAGACUUAGGGGAGAAAUUUGCCAGUUUCUAGGAGUCUCCAGAGGUUGUUCCCCAGAACCAAGCCUUAGCUUUGGUGACAUCCUCCUGUGAAAUGUGGGGACAGAACCACAGCUUAAAUGUUAUACACCACGAUGAUGCCCACUUUGUGCCACAUUUUUG